AUGGGUAGACACCCGCGGCAGUGCAGGUUGCAGCCAGGACACUUGCCGAGAGAGGAGGUCCUGAAGAGCCUUCGGCCUCGGGUUGACCGGAACCUCUUCGGUGCAGUCCAGGAAGAGCCCCUAGUGCUUUCCAGGAGUGCUGCCCUGUCAGCUGCUUGGCAGAAUCGAAGAUUGCCCGAGUUGAGAAGCCAAGCCUACACUAACAGAUGCUGUGCUUGGAAGGCGCUCGCGGUGUUGCUGGGCCUCAGCAUGCUGGUGCAGCCUGUGAGUGCAGACAAGAGUGCGACGGUGUCGUCAAAGAUCAUGGCCGGUGGGGCCUCAACGACAGGCAAGAACAGUGGGUCCGCGAAGAAUAUUACUCGCGGUGUAAACCUGAAUGGAGCAGACUACUCUGGCCAGAGCAUCGUCGGUGUGUCCUUCCAGCAAUCCUCAGUCCGUGACUCCAAGUUUGUCAACACUGACUGUCAGAGCGCAAGCUUCUUCGAUGCGGAUAUGACGAAUGCAGAUUUCACUGGGGCGAACCUGAACCAGGCGAACUUCGAGCUGUCGAAGCUGCGUAAUGCCAUCUUCGACAAUGCCGUUGCGACGGAAAUGUACAUGAACAGUGCGACCGGCGUGGAGUUCAAGAGCAUCGCGGGUGCUGACUUCACUGACACGCCGUUUCGCAAAGAUCAGCUGGACAUGAUCUGCCCGCUCGCCAAGGGCGUCAACCCCAAAACGGGCGUUGCAACUCGUGACAGCCUGGGCUGUCCGGAAUGA